AUGGUCAAGAUGAUCUUCCCAUAUUUCGCAUCGUUCUGCUUCGCCUCAGGCAUGCAUAUCCCUUACAAAUGCUGGCGUAUCGGCCCGGAUGGUGAAGCUCAUCAUGCCGGGCAUGUUCGUGCCCCCGGCCACCACCCUACCCCCCGCACUGGCGACAUUGCGGCGGCCGUUGAACGCGCGUCGCAGAGCAGCUCCCUCGAUGUCAUCAACGAGUACUUCGCCGACCCCACGGUCAAGGUCGCGCUGCCCCGCUUCGUGACGGAGAUCCAGCUGGCCCACCCCCGCACCCCGGGCACGAGUCUCAUGGGCUACCUGGCCAAACGGCGGGUGCAUCAUUUCUUGCAGCGGGGGAAGGUCGAGUUUAAGAGCCUGACCGCAAUGCAGCCCUUUCGCUUUUUGAUGUAA